AUGUCGCGUCCGAAACAGCACAUUGUCUUUCUGACGGGUCCUACGGGAACCGGCAAGACCACGAUAGCAAAGUAUCUGACAGAUUCACUUCACAUGACCUUUAUUGAAGGCGACGACUACCACCCCAAAGAGAAUAUAGAAAAGAUGCACAGAGGCGAGGCUCUUACCGACGACGACCGCUGGGGCUGGCUCGACGCCCUCCGCGACGAGGCCCUCAAGGAGCUGGCGCAGGACCAGGACCGCCUGCACGGCGGGGGCGUCAUCGUCACCUGUUCCGCCCUAAAGCGCGCCUAUCGCGACGUCCUGCGGGGCGCCUCGCACCCGGAGAAGGACAUCUUUGUCCACUUCAUCACACUGCACGCGCCCGAAGAGGUGCUUCUUGAGCGCGUCAAGAACCGGCACGGCCACUUUGCCGGGUCCAACUUGGUGCACAGCCAGUUCCAGAGCCUGGACCCGCCGCAGGACGAUGAGCCCGACGUCGUUGGCGUUGAUGUGCGGCCGCCUGUGGACGAGGUGGAGAGGGAUGCGUUGCAAAAGUUGAAGGGUUUGCUGAGCAGGUGA